GAAACCCCGGCACGCACAGGCACAGCACUGCGGCGUGGCGAGACCUAUCCACUCCCCUCCAUGCACCAUCGCGGCUCACUCCUUCCCAGCCACACUACCCACCACCACGACACCAACGCGCCACGCUCCACCCGACGCCGGGGGCAAAGCACCCCGACCAGCGCCGCCACCAUCCUCCGGCCGCACGCGCAGCGCGAGGCCACGACCCGCCACGGCGCGGCGCGCCCGUUCUACCAUGCGGUGACGCCCGAAGCCGCCACACCGAGCCGUUCUGAUUGCCUCGCCGCCGCACGCACAUGCAGUUCCCCCCGUCGCCCGCGCGCCCCAUGGCCGCGGCCGUCUCGGCCUCCGUGCCCGCCGUGUCCUGCCUGCGACUCGUCCUCCCCGGCUUUAGCGGCCUCGUUCACGCCUCCCUACUCUCGAGCCGCGGCCGCGCCCGCGGGGUGGCGGUGAGGUCGGGCGCAGCCCCGCCCGACCCGGCGGCCAUGCUGCGCCGGCCGGCCGCCGCCACGACAGCCGCGGAGGAGCGGGAGGCCGACGCGGACGCCUCACUGGGCUCUCCGGUGGACGACGAGCCGCCCGAGGAGGGGCGGAGGAGGGGGCCCGAGAGGGAGUGGGUGGACUGGGAGGACCUCAUCCUCGAGGACACCGUGCCCCUCGUCGGCUUCGUGCGGAUGAUACUCCACUCCGGCAAGUACUCAAGUGGUGAGCGGUUGAGUCCUGAACAUGAAAAGGCAAUUCUUGAACGAUUGCUUCCAUACCAUCCACAAUGUAAGAAGAAAAUUGGAUGUGGUAUCGACUACAUCACGCUAGGGUUGCAUCCAGAAUUCGAGAACUCAAGGUGUUUGUUUAUAGUUAGGACGGACGGCGAGCAGGUCGAUUUUUCUUUCUGGAAGUGCAUCAAGGGCCUGAUAAGAGAAAAGUACCCAUUGUACGCGGACAGUUUCAUUCUCAGACAUUUCCGCCGGAGGCAGGACUACUGAACUAGCGACCCGUACGGUUGUUUUCGUGUAAUAUUUCUGCGAUUUUGAUUUUGUCCACGUGCCUUAAUAUCAUGUGAUUUAGCAUUC